UCUCUCUCUCUAGCUUACUAGCUAGCUUAGCUGCUGCAGAUCGAUGGCCAUGGCGAUGGAGAAGAAGGGGUUUCCAACGCUGGCCCAGGUGGCCAAGAUAGCCUGGAUCGUCCUCCUCUUCCUGCUCCUCCCCCUGGUGCCUUCCUCCCUGAGGCCACCCUACGUGUACCUCCUCUUCAAUGCCCUCGUCGUCGCCCUCGGCGUCGAGGCCGGCUUCCUCGCCUCCAUCUCCGGCGCCCCGCGUGAUGACAGGCGCCAUGUGACGAGGUCCUUGUCGCUGGCGACGUUGGGCGCGGCUCCGAGACUGAGCGGCGGCGGCGGCAGCGCGGGCAAGCCAGGUGAGGUGGUCGUCGCCGCCGCAUCGGCCAGUAACGCUCGUCACCACCUUGUCGGUAGUUGCACCAGCGCUGCGAUAACGGCGGCGGCGGCGGCGGGUUCACCGCCAAAGGCUCCGGUAGAGGCAGGCGGCAGGGUCGACGCGCCCGUCGUCGCCGGCGCCGCCGCGGCGGCAGCUAAGAAGACGACGACGCCGAAGAAGAAGGCGGCGGCGUCGAAGAAGAUGAGGAGGUGCCCGUCGAGGGCGAGCAUCUUCUUCAUCGGGGGCGGGGACGACGAGGACGCCGUCGUCCAUGCGGAGGAGGAGGAGGAAGCCACCGUCACCGGCGCCGGCGCCGGCGAGCACAUGAUGAGCAAGCAAGAGCUGUUCACCAAGGCGGAGGCGUUCAUCGGCAACUUCUACAAGCAGCUGAAGAUGCAGAGGGAGGAGUCCUGGAAGAAGCUGCAGGACCUGUACCACCACCACCACUACAAGACCAAGGCCUUGUAGCCUCCCUGGCUAUACCUAGGGUUCAUCCAGUUCAUCAAGAACUCCAUCCAAAAGUCUCAUAUAAAUCAUAUAUAUGAUACUUACUCACAUGACAUAUAUAUAUGUGUUUUUGCAUUUGUUGGUUUGGUAAUUGGUAGGGAGAUGUGUGUGUUAAGUUGCAGGUGCAGGAGCAGGGGAGGAAGCAACAGAUAUUUAUGUUGUUGUGUUUCUCAUUCUUAUUUCCUUCAUCCAUAGAUCGAUCAAUAAUUUAGUUACUUUGAUUUGGAUGGCCCAUUAGCUUUUCUUGGGUUAAAUUCAUAUUCCAAGGUCAUAUAUUAUUAUUUCUCCUAAAGAACUAAAGAAGGAAGGUUAUGGAAAGGGGUUAUAUAUGUUAUGAUCUUCCGUCUUGAAUCUCGAUGACUUAUAUU